AUGCCUCUUGCAUGCCCGAACCUCCCCGAUCCCCGUUUCAUCUUUGUCCUCCUCAUCUUAGUCGUUUACUGCAAAGUACUGCUUGCAGUCAUGCGACACUUCUCUCAGUUGGCGCUGGGGGACUCGUGCGGGGUGUGUCUUGCGCUGCGCCGUCUUGCCGACAAAAGCCAACCCACCGGCGUGCCGGAAAAACAUGGCAGCGAAGUUGUGAGCGAAGCCGUUCCCGGCGCCGGCGCUACCUCUCUGUCCUCUCGUCUUGCGACAAAUCACAGCGGCGACGUAGUGUCUGCCCUUAGCGAGGAGGUGGCGGCUCGUGGGCGGGAGGACCACUCGUCGCACCGCGACUUUAUGUUUCAGGCGGAGUGGCAGCGUACCGGCCGUCACGCAGACGGAGGGCAUCGCCGGUCUCAGCCGCAGCGGUCUCGACGGCGCUCCACUCGCACCUCAUUUACACAUGACGAGCGGGGGAGUGCGGAGGCGGCUGUGAGUAGGCGAGAUCCUCGCGACUCGGAGGAGCUGCCUGUGGUGCACCCCGGAGCUGACCUCCCGCCUGUACCCCAGCGUGCGCUCGUCGAAAAGCGUGCGGGGAAGUUCUCGUUUGUCAGCGAUCCGAGCCAGCGUGCUAGCCGCGACUUCUAUGGCAACGAGGUGCCAAACAACACACCGAAGCCGAAGUUGCCGAUGUGGGCCUCGAGCCUGACCUCGCCGGCACUGGGCAAGGUGCGCCUGGUGGAGGAGUCGUGGAUCUCACGGGACGCACGGGGUGUGCUUGGCGAAAAUGUCACUGCUCCGUUUGUGCGUUGGCUAUGCAGCAGUGUGCUGCCCGUGGACUCGGCUCUGCGAGAGCAGCUGGAGGCAAACGUGCUGCUGGACCUGCGCCUCACCACGGCCCGCGGUGUGUAUGCGAAAAGGGCGUUCAGGCGGGGGGAUGUGGUGCUCACGAUUCCCCUCUUCUUGGCUGCCCAGAGCGAGGCCCCGAGCUGCGCAGCGUGGCUUACCCUGAACAGCGAGACGCUGGCGAGGUACUCCACGGCUGCGCAGCAGCGAGUCGGACUACCGUCGUACAACACCGUCAAGCAAGUUAUCUCGGCGCGGCGAUCCUCCUUCGACCCAAUUCCGCACCCUCUCUUCCUCGAUCAGGUCUGCACAGCGCUGCUGCUUGCGUGUGAGAAGGCAGACGGCGAGGCGAGUCCGCUCUUCCCGUAUCUACGGCUGUUAAGCUCUGCAGAGCUCUUUGACGACGAGGCUAUCAAGGAGUUGCACCUUGGCGUGCUGGAUCCGACGACCUAUAUGGAGUACGGCGACCACAUCAAGCGGUUUCAACAUUACAUGCGGGAGCUGCACGCGGUCUGGUGGGCAGCGUACGAAUCAGCGGCAGAGCAAGGACUUGGUGCGGAGCUCGCCGGGGCAGCCACUGCUACUGCGCGUGGCUCAUCUGUGCCGAUUCUUUGCAUGGACAAGGAGGGUAUCCACACCACUGCCCCCAUCGACACGGAGAGCAGAGGGUAUCAAGGCGUCAGUCACGCGAGUGUGGGAUGCGCCGAUGUAAAAGUGACAGGCGUUGGCGCCUCUGCCACUUUCAUAGGAGGGAAGCCGCCUCCGUCGUUGGAAGACAUGUUGUGGGCUCUUCGUGUCGUCUUGUCUCGCCAAAAGGUGCUGCCGUAUCUCCGCGUCAACCGAGCCGCCUUCGAGCGUGUGCACGACGAGAACGACGAGGGCGAGGAGCUGGACGCGUUUGGAAAGGCGAUGAUGAAGGGAAAAUACGCCUUUUACCAACACGCUUUGCGUGCCAUUGACGAGGACCGGCUACACGUGAAUGAAGUGGAUCCCACAGCAAUCCCCACUGUUGUGCCGCUGUUGGACAUGUUGAGCCAUCCGCCCGGUGGCGUACCGAAUGUGACGUACACUGUGGAGCGAAUAGAGAGGACGGGAGGAGGGACUGGCAGUACGUUAGAAGUGAACACAAGUCCUUAUCAGGGUGAUUUGGCUAGUGACACGUCCGUCAGCGCAUCUCCAUCCUUUCAGGUGGUGGUGCGCGCCACAGACGACAUCGAGGAGGAUGAGGAGCUCACCGUCUCCUACGUCAAGUGCUACAGUGUAGCCUAUACUCUUUACCGCUACGGCUUCUUGCCGUUGUCGCGACGUGAGGAUGACGUGGCGGCGCUUCUUCACGCGAACAACGUGGAUGGAAAUCUUCGACCUGCGCCCGCAAGCGGAUCCUCUCCAACGUCUCCCUCGAUGGGCAGCGUACUGUCGGCUGUGAGGCGCUGGUGGUCUUCCAUCGUUGUGUGA